AUGGAGACAUCACACCCAAUUCCCGAUAUCCACGCGUGUGAUCCGUACUUGAUAGCGAAUCACAAUCACACCCUUAGUCCCAAGCUUGCGGGAGAGUUCCCUUCCCGUCUCCUAGAGACUGCGGAAGGGAUGACGCCGUUUUCGGACCGCCUAGCAAGAUUGGCUCUCUUAUCGAAAAAUGUGCACUUGUCAGAUGAGCAAAAUACCAUUCUGAGCCACUGCCUCGACAGCAUUGAAUCCAUCCUCGAUCCACGCCAAGGGCUGACCCAAGAAAUUGCCAAAUGCCGUCCCAAAAGUGUCCGCACGGAAUGCGCGAAAGUCGUUAUUCCUGAUGUUCCAAGCAUUCGUCAUGAUAGCACCGAUGUUGGAAUUUCCAGCACAAAACUGGCAUCUAUCAAGGAGCUGACAACCAUCCUCAGUGAAGUUACUGAACUCGGUGACGAGUUCAAGAAACGCCGAGAAGAGUCGCUUCAAAUUUAUGAUCUUUGUAAUCGGGAAAUUCGAAGGAUGACACGGGCGGUAUCUGUAUUAGAACAUGACGUGCAUGAAUUGCAGACGGAACUCUGGGAAGAGACGGCGGAGCGUGAAGGGCUUCAAGGUGACCGCGUCCAGGUCGCAGAAGAGUGGGCGGAGGCAAUGGAUACGACGUAA